UCAGAAUCCCGCGCAUGCGCAGUGCCCUCCGGCCAGAGGGGACAGUUUAUAGCAGCGACAAGCGUCAGUUCAGUCAGAUGGAGGUCUUGAUAAAGGAAGUGCUCUUUUCAUAUCGCCUCUCCUGCUUUGUGUCGAUGACAAACCUCGAAUGAGUGUACUGGCCACCUCGAGUGCGCGAAUUUAAUCCAGGAAACGCGAACAAGUUGUAUUUAAAGCAAUGGCGAAUUUGCUGCGUCUGCUAUUGAACGUGGCUGAAAAAGCCGCCAACGUGGCGCGGGUGUGCAGGCAGGAGGCACCGUUGUUCGAGCUGCUGGUGCAGGAGAAAACCGGCGCCGACAAGAACAAAAAGUUUGUCCAGGACUUCAAGACACUCGCUGACGUUGUGAUACAGGAAAUGAUCCGACACGACAUCUGUGCACAGUUUCCAGAGUUGAAUGGCUUCAUUUAUGGAGAGGAAUCCAACAAGUUUGAGAACGGACUCGGAGAGAGUGUGACCGUUACUGUAUGCGCUAAACAAGAGGACACGACGGCUUUGUUGGCCAAAGUGCUGGACGGAGACGGAACGGCUGCAUCCCUCCUGGCUGAAGCCAUCCAUCAGAAACUGCAGCUACAAGACGAACUUGUUGAAAAGCUGCAGCUCCCUCUGAAACCAGAGGACUUGGCCAUCUGGAUCGACCCCAUCGAUGGAACAAGUCAGUAUAUUCAAGGGAAGGAGCGGGAGAUAUCAGACGACGAGUUUUGCCCCUCAGGUCUUCCAUGCGCACUUGUUCUUAUCGGCGUUUACCUGCGUGCCACCGGAGAACCCGUGAUGGGAGUCAUCAAUCAGCCAUUCACACGCAAAGACUCAACAACCAAGAGAUGGCAGGGUCGGUAUUUCUGGGGAGUUUCGUAUGAAGAGAUCAGCAUGUGCUCCUUCACACCCUGUCAGCGGCCUGAUGGGAAAAACCCUGACUCCCUCUCGGUGGUCCUGAGCUCCAGCGAGAAGCAGGAAGUGAAAGAUGCUUUAUUGCCACUCUGUGAAGGCCAGCUCACCUACGCCUCAGGGGCGGGGUAUAAGAUCCUGUGUGUCAUUCAGGGCUUGGUGGAUAUGUACGUGCUCUCAGAGGGCAGCACCUAUAAGUGGGAUUCGUGUGCCCCCCAUGCCAUACUGCGUGCCCUCAGUGGGGGCAUCUGUGACCUCAGCCAGUGCCUUUCUGCUGUCAGGAACGGCAAUAAGGACCUCAGGGCAGAACUGACCUAUAAUAACCCCCACGCUGGGUGUCAGGGGGCUGAGCAGUGGGCAAACCAGGGGGGUUUAGUGGCGUAUUUGGACUCCGCUGUUUUGGCCAGAGUGGUUGAGGCACUUGCUGACAAAAUAUGAUAUUGUUUUUUUUUUAGAUGUUGUUUUGUUAGGAUGUUUAUUUUAGGGGUGGGCUGGUUUUAUAUCCUUUAUUACAUUUUGGUGCAAUUUAUUGACAUAUUUAUGCCAUUAUAGAUUUUUUUAUAGAAAAAGUAUAUAGACAUGUGAUAGUCAGUUAUGUUAUAGUAAAAUUCUGGAUUAGGCUGCCUAAGUAGGCAACAUUUUCAGGUCGCAUUAGCUAUAAGAGCUGAGUCUCUGUUUAAAAGCUUGCAUCUAAGCUUGCAAGCAAAAUGUCACAUGCAUGGGGUGCUAAAAAUUACGACAUACGAUAAAGCCUAAUCCUAAAACAAUAAUAGUUAAAGCUUAAUUGUCAAUGCAGUAUUGUGAUAUCGUAAGGUGAACAAAAAUGUAAGGAAAUAAUGUGACGUAAUGUUAUAAAAUGCCACAUUUUAUUUUAUGCCUUCUAUUAUGUGUAUCCAUUUAUAUUAUGUAAUGCACAAGGCUGCUGGUUUCUGUAGUGUGUAUAGAAAUAUAUAGAGAAAUAUUUUGUUAUUGAAAUGUGUUGUUUAUUUCAAAACAGCAACUCCAAGAGGACCUGUGUAGUUAUUUUAUUUACAGGCAUAUUAUUUUAUUACAUUUAAGUACAAUUACAAGUUCUGUUGUAGCCAGUAUGCAAUAUUAUAUUUUGUAAUGUCCUGUACAGUUUAAGAUGCAAAUAUCAUUCUCAUAUAAAUAUUAAAGAUAUAUAUAUAUAUA